AUGGCAAACGCUCUGGACCACCUCAGUGCUGGCCGCACGAGAAUCGAGUGGCUCUCGCAGCUGAACACCGAAUACACGCCCUUGAGGGCCUACCGCCGCACCUCCAUCAUCGGAACCAUCGGCCCCAAGACAAACUCCGCGGAGAAGAUUAACCUCCUCCGCAAAGCUGGUCUCAAUGUCGUUCGCAUGAACUUCUCCCAUGGCUCAUACGAGUACCACCAAUCGGUCGUCGACAACGCGCGCAAGGCUGAGCGCGAGCUGGCUGGCAGACCGUUGGCUAUUGCUUUGGAUACCAAAGGACCAGAGAUCCGAACUGGCAACACUGUGAACGAUGAGGAUAUUCCCAUCAGCGCGGGCGACGAGCUCAACAUCACCACCGACGAGAAAUACGCCACUGCCAGCGACAAGGAGAACAUGUACGUCGAUUACAAAAAUAUAACUAAAGUCAUCGAAAAAGGCCGCAUCAUCUUCGUCGACGACGGCGUCCUCUCCUUCACCGUCCUUGACGUCGUAGACGCCCAAACCCUGCGCUGCAAAUGCAUGAACAACGGCAAGAUCUCCUCGCGCAAAGGCGUCAACCUGCCCAAGACCGACAUCGACCUGCCCGCGCUCUCCGAAAAGGACAAAGCCGACCUCCGCUUUGGCGUCAAGAACGGCGUGGACAUGAUCUUCGCCUCCUUCAUCCGGCGCGGCGAGGACGUCAAGGCGAUCCGCGAGGUGCUCGGCGAGGACGGCAAGGACAUCCAGAUCAUCUCCAAGAUCGAGAACCAGCAGGGCGUCAACAACUUCGACGAGAUCCUGAAGCAGACCGACGGCGUCAUGGUCGCCCGAGGCGAUCUCGGCAUCGAGAUUCCGCCUGCCCAGGUCUUUAUCGCACAGAAGAUGAUGAUCACAAAGUGCAACAUCGCCGGCAAGCCCGCUAUUUGCGCUACUCAGAUGUUGGAGUCUAUGACAUACAAUCCCCGUCCGACUCGCGCGGAGGUCAGCGAUGUUGGUAAUGCCGUCCUCGACGGUGCGGACUGCGUCAUGUUGAGCGGUGAGACGGCCAAGGGUAACUACCCGGUUGAGGCCGUCACGAUGAUGCACGAUACAUGCUUGUUGGCCGAGGUGGCCAUCCCGUACGUCAACGCGUUCGACGAGCUGAGGAAGCUGGCGCCGGUGCCAUGCCCGACGACGGAGACGUGCGCCAUGGCUGCCGUGAGCGCCUCGCUCGAGCAGAAUGCCGGUGCCAUCCUGGUCCUGACCACCAGCGGCACAACCGCCCGCCUCGUCUCCAAAUACCGCCCCGUGUGCCCCAUAAUAAUGGUAACACGCAACGCGCGCGCGAGCCGCUACUCGCAUCUCUACCGCGGCGUGUACCCCUUCUACUUCCCGGAGAAGAAGCCGGACUUCAAGGAGGCGCCCUGGCAGGAGGACGUCGACAGGAGGCUCGAGUGGGGCAUCAUGAAUGCCAUCAAGCUUGGCGUGCUCAACAAGGGGGAUGCGGUCAUUUGCGUGCAGGGCUGGAGGGGCGGCAUGGGGCAUACGAACACGCUGCGGAUUGUCCCGGCGAAGGAGGGGUUGGGGUUGGAUCAGGAUGCUUAG